AUGCUAGAUCCUACAUGGCUCGCGCUGGUGGCAGAUCCACUAGCUCUCCUUUGUGUUCUGUUCCUGAACUUCCCCAUAUGCAAGAAGGUUGCUCAACAAGGACUCAUAGCUGUUUCCUGGAAGAGUCGGCCGAAGGUGAAAUGGUACGAGGAUGAAGACGGCGAAGCCACGACAGGCUCCAUCAAUGAAUCCUCGGGGACCAUACAAGUAAUGGGAAACAUGAUUUGGACCAUCAUUGGGGUUGGACUCGCCAUUGUUCACGUUACCUUUGUUUCCGCAGAACUCGAGACGAGGAACAAUCGCGACAGGCAGCUGCGACUGGCGAUGUGGGCACUUCAUCUACUUCAAAGUCGCGUUCUUCAGGCGGAAACGCUCUACACUGCUCGUUUCACGUUUGGGGUGCUGGGAGGAGCCAGUCGAUUGAUGACAGCCUUCGCCCUCAGCACUGAUUGCUACCAGAGGGAUGUCAGCGACCAUUACCCCAAAGCUCCUCUCCUAGUGAUUCAGUUUCAGAUUGUAGCGGCCAUCGCAGGGGUUUGCUGCAAUUGGGCCAUUCCCCGUAGACCUGAUGUGUUUCGACAAGGACAGCUGGUUGAACGAGAAGCUUCAACCAGUUUGCUCAGCCUGAUCACGUUCACGUGGGCGGAGCCUUUGCUGAAUAUCACCCAUAGGUCGAAACUUCUGGAGUUCAGAGAUCUCCCCAUUUUCCGCAGCGAGUACAGUACUCGGGGGUUGCGGGAGGAUGUUUUCACCAAGACGCGGAGGGAGGAUUCCGCAGCCCGCGACGAAUCCUUCGUGUCCGCUCUAUGGCAGCUCAGUCGCAAGACACUACUCAGACAGGCGUUGAUGGGAAUUGUAAUCAUUGGUUUGAGCUAUGCUCCCCAAGGGGCCCUGUUUGGCCUUCUACGUUCGUUGGAUCUCCGUCAGAGCACGUCACAACAGGAGUCCCGUCCCUGGGCAUACGUACUCAUGCUUUGUCUCCCAAUGAUGGCAUCGGCUGCCCUGGAGCAUGUAAGAUACUGGAUCGCGUAUCGGUCAUUAAUGGUCCGCACGCAGCAGCACCUGAUGGUCGCCCUCUUCGACAAAUCGCUUUGCAUCAGUGACGCCUGCACCACAGACCCGGGCGUGGGGAAGAACCUGGUUAACCUAAUGGCAGUCGAUGUGAAACGACUGGCGGACUUUCUCUUGAAUUCGUCUUCUAUCUACGGAGUCCCACUGCGACUCUUUAUAUCGGCUGCCAUUCUCGUCAAGCUCGUGGGGUGGCAGAGUUUGCUCGCCAGCGUGGCAGUGCUGCUCCUACUCUAUCCUCUCAAUCGAUAUACAGUCAAGGGAUAUUCUGGAGCUCAAAGAAAGAUGAUGGGAUACCGAGACCAGAAGAUGGCUGCAUUGACGGAGGCUCUGCAUGGCAUCCGUCAGAUCAAGUUCUCCGCUUGGGAGGUGCCAUGGGAAGAGAAGAUCAACGACCUGCGGGAUGGGGAGCUCGAGGCACAGUGGGCUGUGUUCAGAUGGGAUCUCAUCCUGAUGUCCCUCUACCUCCUGACCCCCACAGUCUUGUCAACGGUGGUGCUGACAGUCUACUCGCUGACGCACGGAGGCCUGUCCCCCGCCAUUGCAUUUACGGCCAUCUCAAUCUUGGGUACUAUGCAGACAGCCCUAACUGCCAUGCCUGGGAUAAUCUCCUCGGCUGUUGAUGGUGUGGUAAGUGGCAAGCGUGUCCAACAGUAUCUGAGCAUGCCGGAACGGCAACCACAUGUGGUGUCGUCGGAAAGGGUUGAAUUUGACGAUGCAACGGUGGCAUGGUCCGGACAUGGCGGGGGCGAGGGGGGUAUUCUGAAAAACGUCAAUAUGAGGGUUCCGAUGCAUGGCCUGACUCUCAUUACAGGGCCGACAGGUGCGGGAAAGUCUCUUCUUCUGGCGGCGAUGCUUGGGGAGUGUGACAUCCUCUCGGGAACCGUCAAGGCCCCAACCCGGCGAGCUUGGAAUGCAGAGUCCAGCGAGGACAAUCAGUGGCUCGUAGAUUCUGCGGUGGCAUACGUCUCCCAAUCACUAUGGGUUGAAGCCACAACCGUCAAAGAGAAUGUGCUGUUUGAACAGGACCUGCAAGGUUUCCCAGAUGGGGACGACACACAUUUGGGUCCGAACGGGGUCAACCUCAGUGGUGGACAGAAAUGGCGCCUGUCUCUAGCUCGUGCCCUAUAUUCGCGAGCCACCGUUCUCCUCCUAGACGACAUCUUCAGUGCUGUCGAUGUGCAUACAGCAAGUCAUCUGUACCAGCACGCUCUCACCGGGCCCCUAUCCCACGCUAGAACACGUAUUCUCGUCACCCAUCAUAUUUCCCUGUGCACCACUGACGCUGAUUAUAUUGUCCAUGUUGAUGGAUGUACUGUCCACUACCACGGGCCUGUGUUUUCGACGACGCCGGGCAGCAUACCCUCCUCAACGAGCUUCUGUAAAACCAGAAGAGUUCCUUUCUCGAGUAAUACCGAAGUGACCGACACGAGCGAUGCAAAAGGGACUUUGAUUGGCGGUUCUAAGUCCGGAUUGACACGGACUUUUAUCGAAGAGGAGGGUCGAGAACAAGGGACCGUCAAGUGGGGAGUCUUUCGAGAUUAUGCCCAACAGAGCGGUACUUGGGGUUACUGGUUGCUGCUAGUGGCUGCGUUCCUGACUUAUAGUGCUCUGAUGCUUUCUAGGACGUGGUGGCUCAGUGUGUGGAGCGCAUCCGACCAAGGGCAAGUAGCCCAGGAGAGUGCCCUAGGCUAUUACAUCAACGUCUACAUCUUGCUGUCUGUGCUAGUCUGCAUGGUCGGUUCUGGGCGUAGUUACUUCGCUCUGUCCGGAUCUGUCAAAGCUUCGCGCAGCCUCUUUCGUCGCCUUCUGCACCGAGUGCUCCGGGCUCCAUUGCAGUGGAUUGACACCGUUCCUGUAGGUCGAGUGCUCAAUCGCUUUUCGAGCGACUUCAAUCUCGUGGACUCUCUGCUGGGAGAUGAUGUGCGAGCCAUGCUGUCUCAUGGCAUGGAUAUCCUCAUGGCUGUAGCGUCCAGUUUACUGGUCAAUCCUCUCUUGGUCUUCGGCAUGCUGAUCCUCGGUGUAAUUACUGUCAAGUAUGCAAGCCGGUACUUGAUAGCUUCGCUAGAGGUGAGACGGCUGGACAGUGUAGCCCGGAGCCCAAUCUACGACCAUGUCGGCUCCUGUAUGGCAGGACUUUGGACCAUCCGGGCGUUUGGCAGGACUGACAUCUAUCGGGAACAAUUCCGAGAGAAGCUAGAUCGCAAGGCCCGCGCGCAGUGGCACGGUUGGCUGUUAAAUCAAUGGCUUGCCUUCCGGAUGGACAUUAUCGGUGUCGUAUUCACCGCGGCCUCCACGACUUGUGUCGUUGCUCUGGGGGUAAACGCCGCGCUGGCCGGGUUCGCCAUCAGCUUCACAAUGAGACUCACCCAGACGAUCUCAAUGGGGGUCCGCCGCUACGCAUCCCUGGAGCUAGAUCUGAACAGUGUGGAAAGGAUCUUGGAAUACUCGCAUUUGGACACCGAGCAUGACGCCGGUUACGCCGCCCCCGCGCAUUGGCCCCUGGACGGGGCACUCGAGGUCAAGAACUUAACAGUGCGCUAUGCUGCUGACAUGAACCCGGUCCUACAUGGCGUCAGUUUCCAAGUCGCCCGGGGCCAGCGGGUAGGGAUCAUUGGGCGUACCGGCGCCGGGAAGUCGUCCCUAGCACUUGCAUUGUUGCGCGUGCUCGAGGCGAGUGAGGGUAGUAUUUUCAUAGAUGGGAUCGACAUCUCCACGAUCCGCCUCGCUGAUCUUAGGAGUCGACUGGUUAUCAUUCCCCAGCAUCCCACCAUAUUCGGGGGCACUUUGCGUUUUAACCUGGAUCCUCUCUGCGAGUACAGGGACGCCGAACUCCUGUCUGCCCUUGCGCUGGUCCACUGGGAUACAUCGGCCCAUGGCUGUGGAGAAGAACAGCUUAAAAAGGAUGAAGAAAACCUUCAAACGGCCGACGACGUUUUGUCACAGCAUCGACAGGAAGGGGGUGCAUCCGUCCUCGACAGCCCGGUCGCCGAUGGUGGUUCCAAUCUCUCACACGGCCAACGGCAACUUCUGUGCCUUGCGCGAACGUUUGUGCGAAAGCCCCGUGUCCUGAUCAUGGACGAAGCAACCUCGGCCGUCGAUAAGGACACCGACACUCUCAUCCAACACGUACUGGGAUUGGAGUCUAGCCGGAACGCCAUGACACUGCUCGUGAUUGCCCAUCGCCUCAGCACGGUCGCCAACUUUGAUCGGAUACUGGUUUUGGGGGAGGGUAGGGUGGUGGAGUUCGGCAGACCGGUGGAUUUGAUGCACCGAGACAAUGGUGUGUUUAGAGCGAUGGUCGAGAAGGACGCGGGGAGAGAGGCCUUGACGAGGGCUAUUUUCAACAGUGGAGAUAAGAUGUAG